GCCCGGUCUACAAUAUUCUCUUUCACAAUCCUUAGUCUAUAUGAGCAGGCUUCAAGAUUGCUGACCACAAGCGCUCUCCUUUGUUCUGGAGGCCUACGGUACUCCCGCGACACUCCUUUACCUUUUCAACACCCUCUCGAUCAUCACCAACUCCGCAUGUCUCGUCCCCAAGUUCAGCUCCUUGCGCAAAACGAUCGCUCUCUGCAGAGCUCCCCAAGUUGAGAAUGGCUUUCAGCUUUGCAAGUGCAGCGUCCGCACCACCGGCCUUUGGCACAAGCAAUGGUGGAGGCAACACAGUACAGGAUGGACCUGAGCUACAAGAGAUCCAAACGAAUGAAUUGGGACUUGCAGCGCUGAACGGAGAAGCCAAAGUACGCCUCCUUACGACACCAUGGCCAUCAGACGCCCUCCCUGCGCCGUCCUCCUCUUUGCUCAGCAUUGCUUCUAGCAAGAAGCUUCUAGCCGCUGCUGGGCCUGAUGCUCUAUACCUCCACAACACUGAUAAAGUCCGAGAUGCGUUCCAAUCACCUCCUGAUGAAAAAGGAGGGACGAUUCGAUCCAUCAAACCGGAUUUUACGAUCCCUCGAUCUCGCCUCUCUCAUGUCGCAUUCUCGUCUGAUGACAGUGUAUUGGUGGUCUCUGGCGAGAGAGAGGGCUCGGUGGCAGCGUUCCAAGUCGACAGCAUAACCAAGGGCGAACUCAAUCCUGCAGUGCAAGUCUCAACGGACAGCCAGAAUCUGCGUGCGUUGGUCCCGAAUCCUGUCACAGAGCAUGCCGAGUUGUUCGCACUCAUUCUGACCAGCGGUGAUCUUGUGCUCUUGGACCUCAAGGCUGGUUCUCUUGUAUCGGGGAGCAAUGGUCCAGUUCUGAAAAGUGGCUGCAGCUGUCUAUCAUGGAGUAAUCGAGGCAAGCAGCUUGUCACUGGAAUGGCGGAUGGUACAGCUGUGCAGAUGAAACCAGACGGGACUAUUGUGGCUCAAAUCCCAAAGUCUACGGCUAUCCCAGCAAAUGUACAUGUUUCCGGCAUAUCUUGGCUUGAAAACGACACUUUUUUCAUUACAUACACUCCAAAUGACACAAGUGAUGGCAUCCAGCCGUCGGAGUAUUACAUUGUCAACAGGCAGCCUAAAACCUCAAAUUACACCUUCCAGAAGCUGCCAGAGGUCCUCCCUCCAUUUGGUUUAGAACGCCUGCCAACAUCACACUUCAUUGCGAGGUUACGGAACUUCCCUCCUCACCUUCAGGAUCUCUUGAUAGUGGCAAGUAGCACGGCUAGCGACGUUGGUCUACUGUCCAAGUCCGAAAAGGCUCUCUCCCAAGAGGAUCCCGUUACCUCUGUUUUCACCUAUACAACUAUUGAGGAUGAUACGCGACGGGCGCAACUUCCAUUGUCAACUGACAUGCAAGACACCUCCCCGAUUGGCAUGGCUGUGGACCUUUCCAGCACUGAGAAAGUACCAAACCCAAUUCCAUCUGAUGCAGAAAUACUUGAAACCGCCGGACCUGUUCCUAGCCUCGUAAUUUUGAACAACGAAGGGUUACUCGUGUCAUGGUGGAUUAUUUACAACGAUUCAGUCCGCCAGCAGACCAUGUUCUCAGGCUUUGCCAAUGUGCAAGCUGCGAGAGGUAUGUCUGGUAAAGCAGCCUCCGAUGCCUCGUCAACGGCUUCGCCAGCCACAGGUAAUUUCGGCCAGGCCAGCAAUCCCAGCCCGUUUGCGAAGACUGAGACUAGCAGCUUCGGAGUACCCUCUCUUCAAAGUGGAUUCGGGGCUACUUCACCCAAAUCAUUCGGCACCUCUUCACCCAUUGCCUCCAACAAGCCAUCAUGGGCGACCACUGGGUUCACAGGCUCUGCAACAUCAGGCCCUUCUGGAAACACUGCCUUUGGUGCUGCUACUCCUCUUGGCUCAGGUGCAUCCCCGGCUUUCGGCUCAGCCAGCGCAAUAGGAGCUCGACAACCAGCAUUUGGACAAUCUUCCAACAUGGGUUCAGGGUCCGCUUUUGGCCAGCCUUCAGCUAUUGGAGCUCCUUCAACUUCAAGUCCUUUCGCGAAUGCUGGUGGAUCGUCAAAUAGCUCUGGCUUCGCUUCCUUCUCUAAAGGUAGUGGUUUCGCUUCAUUUGCUGGAGGCAACACGAAUCAGAAUACCCAAAGUCCAUUUUCCUCGACAACGGGCAUGGGUUCGUUUGGAGGUGCAACUCCCAGCCCAUUUGCGGCCACAGGUGGCAAUAAGACAUUCGAUUCGUCAGCCAAGACUGCAUUCGGCUCGAAUACGUCGACUGCAUCACCUUUUGGAUCAACAAAACCUACAGAAGGGGCGGGCUUAUUCGGCAAUGCAGGUGCUUUCAAAUUACAAUCCUCAUUCCAAGGAGAUGGUACAGCCACGGAUGAUCUACCUAAGCCUAAAGAUUCCAGCGGAUUCGGAUUCGGCGCGGCCUUGGAUGACAUGCUGGGUGGAUCCAAGAGUGCUCUUUCACCAACGCAUGACAAGGAGGCAGAGAUGGAUGAACAAAGUGCCGUUAGUGAGGCUGAUUCAGAGAAAGAGACGAAUCGCAAUCUUGCUGCACAGCCAAGAAUUGAACCUCCACAGACACUCGUAACACCUCCUUCUACCCUAAGUCAGUCGAAAGCAACACCUGCUCCACCACUUUCCAACUUGUUCGGUCAACCAGCUAAAGACUCGACGACUCCGCAAGCUCCUACAUCAACGCCAGGCUGGUCGUUUGGACUCAACUCUACUACGCCGAAGGAGACACCAGCCGUUCACAAGACACUGUUUGGGACGACCACGACAAAUGAUCCAUCUGCUGGUGUCCAAAAGAGUCAACCGAUGAAUACGUUCGGGCAGGUUGAAGAAACACCCCGGAUCAAAGAAGAACCUCCCAGCGACGAGGAAUCAGUCGAUAUGGAGAAUAUUCCUCAGGCACCACUUCCUCCAGAUCCUGUAAGCAAACCUCGCUAUGCUUCUGGAGAUACCUCAGGCUCCUCGAAUCUCUCGAAAGGCUCUCCUGAUGAGGCACCAUUGCCCCCUGAUUUUCUGCCUGUGCCAAAAGCUGGUCAAAAUGACGAAGAUCGGCCCGAACUACCGAGUGAUGAGGACGAGGACGAAGAGGACGACUUCAGCUCAGACUUUGAAGGUAGUGGCGAAGAACUAACCGGAGACGUUGGUCCCGAGGAUGAGAUGACAGAAGAGCAACAUGAACAGUUGCAAACCUCUCCAGAAAGUUCGUUUAAGAGCGGCGGUGGAAGUCUAGAGACAAGCCCGACAGGAGGCCUAUUUACUAAGGUAACCUCUAAAGUCUUACCGCAGAAAUCAAGUCGACCACUUUUCGGUGAGGUCGGCACUGGACCCAUUUUCGCUCCUCCAAAGCCUCAUGAGAGCCCUCGAUCUCCCAGCCCAGUGAGACAUCUUCCACCAACCGAGAAGCUCAGAGCAGAGUCUGCACGAUCUGUCAGUGCACCUGCGCAUGGACGGUCAAUCGUUGAUCAACGUAAGGCCGAAUAUCAAAAAUCUACUCUUGCUGCCCAGGCAGCCAAGACAAGAGAGGAAGAAGCAGCCAAAGAGCAAGCACGUCGUGAAGCCAUCGCUCGUCAGAAAGUGCAGGCAGAGGCAGAACAACUCCAGCAACUCGAGGAUGACGAAGAUGAAAGAUUACGAGAGGAGCUUGACAGACCUAUAUCUCCUAGCUUGAACCUCGACGACUUCAUCACUUAUCAGCCUAAAUCGUCCGAAGAGACCUCCAAGACUGGCAUUCCUGCACAGAUCGAACGACUCUACUCUGAUAUCAAUUCGAUGGUUUUCACCCUGGGUAUAAAUUAUCGGUCACUGUCAGCCUUUCUGAAAUACCAACAACCAGAAGCAACCAACAAAUCUUGGCCGUCGGUGCUGCAAUCUGAAACACCCAUGGAUGCUCUCAACGAUGAGUGGUUCUUGACUGACAUUUCACGACUUCACGAAGGACAGACGGUUCUAUCAGAACUUCUUGCCGAGAGCCAAGUUGACGAUUUCGAUGGCAAAGUUCAGCAGUGUCAGACCCUUAUUGGGCGAGAUCUGUUCGAGUUACGGACGAAACUCACCUCGAUUCGGAAGACUAUUCAUGCUCUUUCGUCAUCCGAAAACGGUAUCACGGCGCCUCUUUCUGCUGAACAAGCCUCCCUCCAGCAUGACCUUCGCAAAGCCUUCACCUCUGUGCAAACCAAACUAGUACAGGUCGAAGACUGCAUAUCUGUGUUAAGAGCGAAGAUCGCGCAGUCGACGCCAACUGAAACAGUCAGCAGGCGAAACAGUAUGCUGGGGAGGGUGCCUUCACAGAAGAAGCCUACUGUGGAGGCUGUGGCCAAGACAGUUGGCAAAAUGAUGUCAAUGGCUGAACAAAGGAGUGCAGAUAUUGAUGUCCUCGAAUCUCAGUUAAAGAAAAUGGAUCUAGGACUGGCAUCAUCAACGAUCAGUACCGGAGAGGCAGUCAAGAACCCCGCCACUCCAGUGCAUGUUCGGCGAUCGGUGAAUGGAGCAUCAACUCCGGGUAGUACUGGCAGUAUCUAUCAUACUCCUGGGUCUGCUUUCAGCAGUAGUGCUCGAUCUACGAGAAACUUUCGAACAAGCCAGAGUGGUGGUCUGUCACUAAUAUCCACGGAGGACAAGGAGCGUUGGAAGGCCCAGGCACGGCGUAGGAAAGAAGCCGCAAGUAUGCUGAAAACAGUCUUGGAAGAAAAGAGAAAGCGAUCUGCUACCAAGGCGUGACCAUAAGGGAUGUUUCUUAGGGGCUUGGACGACGUUGGAAUCUGGCUAGACAAUGACAAAUGAUUGAGUCACGUUUGGAGAAAUGCGAAGUCAGCUGCAUGAUUGUAAGACAUGGAGUGACGAAGCUGGGGCCGCUAUAGUCUAGAUCUGGCCAUUAUUACUUCAAGAUGCCCGUGAUUCGAUGUGACUAUGGGUCUCAACGUCCUUCCAGUCUCUGUGCGGAGUA